UUAAGGUUAGAUUGCUAAAGAGCAAAAAUGUCUGAUGAUAUUGAUGAAGAUGCCAUUGGGCCAAAGACUGAGGAAAUAAAGAGAGAGAAAAUAGAGAUGACAGUGGAUAUCUAUGAGAGUGGAGACUGUGUGAAAGAUCCUGCCACCAAGACAGAAACAGAAAUAUCCCAACCACUGCAGAGUACAGGAAGUGAUCCAGUGAAGAUCAGAGACUACAGAUCAGCCGUAGUGUGUUUGGUUCUUCUGUGUGUUCUUCUGCUGACUGCAGUCAUAGUGCUGUGUUUACAAGUCUUUACAAACAUCAGGCUUUUUCAGACCAAGGCAACAAACAUCAUGAAAGAAACAGACCAGCUACUAACCAACAUCACCAACUUCACAGAUGAAAAAGAUGAACUAACAAAAAACAAUGCAAAUCUGUCAAACAAGCUAAAAGAUCAACUUUCAACUUUUGAUGAAUGGAUUUACUAUAAAUUCAGUUUUUACUACAUGUCCAAUGAGAUAAAGAACUGGACUGAGAGCAGAAGAUACUGUACAGAGAAAGGAGCAGAUCUGAUCAUCAUAAACAACAGAGAGGAACAUGUGAGUGAAAGAUAUGUGUGUUUGUGGUGUUUAGCUGCUGUGAGAGAUGGUCAGAUGAAAUGUAUAUUUUGCCAAUUAAUGAUAUAA